CCCCACAGUGCCGUCUCGCCCUUUCGGCUCACAAGCAUCCCCCUUAACCCAACUCCCUCCCGCCUCACACACGCAAAAAUUUCUCCCCUUCCCGCCCACCCCUCUGCCCCCGAUGGCCUCGCCGUCGAAGCGCGCGAGGGCACCGUCACCGGCGAAGCCCCCGAGGGCACCGGCUCCCGAUGAGGCCUCAGCCGCCUCCGAGGACCCCAUCGUCCUCCUCCGCCGCCGCUGGGAGCUCGCUUCCGUGCUCCACUUCCUCAGGGUGUUUGAGCCGGUGAUCAAGGCGGACCUGGGGCUCUCGGCGGAGGAGAUCGAGACGGCGCUCGCGUCGAACAACCGCAACCUCGCUCGCAUCCACGUUGCCGUUUUGAAGGGAAUACCUCCAGUUAACAAACAUCUCAAGGAUGAGGAUGGAUGGAUUAUAGUGACCUCCAAGAAGCUCACAGAUUGGUGGUCGUGGGUUGCUGAAGGAGUAAACCCAUUCAAAAGUAAUCCAGGGAACGAAGUUGAGAUGUAUAAGCAGCAAGAUCCAAUUAAGCGUUUGCUAAUACUGAAAGCGCUUUGCGAAGUUCGAUCUGAGCAAAAUGAUGCAGUAUGGUAUGUCAAUGAUGAAAUGAAGAAAGGAACAAAUAUUUCCUACUUUCGGAAAGAUAAACUAGGGAGUGGCAGUAAUGGGACUGUAUACUGGUAUGAUGGUGACUCAACUAUUGGCCAUAGAUUAUAUACAGAAGAUGUAGCGGUUAGUUUUAAGCAGAAUUGGAAGGGAAAGAGUGGCCGUUUGACAAAACCAGACAUCAAUAUUCACUGGGAAACAGUUGCAACUAACCUGGAGGAGUUUCUUGAGAUAUCAGAGAAGUUAUCUAGAAAGGGCCGAUCUGAAUCUGCCAUUGCAGAGCAUCUUAAGGCAGAAAUCAUUCCAGCUGUGGAGAAGUUACAAAAGAAGAAAGAGAGGGACUUAAAACGUCAGGAGAAGAAGGACAAACUUUUAGCUUUUGCUAACAGUUUACAAAGCCGUUCAUUGCGUAAUCGCAGGCCUGUCAACUACAAUUACUCUUCUUAUGAUCGUUCGAUUGAGGAGGCGAUAAGAGCUGCAUCGAAAGCAAAACAUGAUUCGCAUGAGGCAGGAACAAAAGAGAAGCGUGCUUCACAUCUGGGAGACAAAGGAGCCAACGGAAGAUCUGACAUCAAUUCUAAGCAGAACAAAGAUGGACUGGAUGAUGCCAAGUACCUAAGUGAACUGAGCUCUGGUGAUGAGGAAGACGCAGACUAUACUGACCUGGAUGGUGGCUAUGCUGAUAGUGAUGGAAACAGUAAUGCUUCUGAUACCUACAGAAGCGACUUGGAAGAGGAGGAUGUGUUUGUACCGCGCAAGAGGACUCGUCUUGCUGCCCGUUUGCUAAAGGAGAAGCCUAGGCAAGGGCUCCGUCGGAGUCAAAGAAAUGUGAAGAGUGAUGAAGAGGAUGUGCAUCCAGGUCAGCUCACCCCUCCACCAAUGACAAAGAAAACACUGAGGCAAAGGCCCACUCCGGUGUCUAAGCAACCAGACACUACUUUAUCGGGCUCUGAAGAUGAUAUUGCACAGUCUUACUCAGAUUCAGAGGAUGAAUCUGAGUAAUCUUAGCUGAGGGUACAUUGCGAUAUUUUGUAUUUUGCCUUGUGGAAGUGGUCAAAUUCCGUAGGUUUAGCGUCACCAGCCGCUUCCACUUGUACUGGCUUGGGGGGGAGGCAUCAGACUCAGACAGCACCAGCAUUUUCGCCAUUGCUGAUGAGUUAUCUUUACAAAGUCAUGGUGGGCACCUCUGCCCCACUUGUGUGGUGAUUUGUGUACAUAUGCGUCUAGACUGCGACGCAUCACCACUGACGCCAACCAAAAAUCUAGUUUAUGAAUGUUUAUUCUGAUUA